AUGCCCUCCAGAUCAGAUAUCACCUAUUUCGGUGCAGGACCGUCUGGUCUUCCUCACGAGGUAAUCGAGGAUGCUGCCCAGGCUCUUGUCAACUUUAACAACACUGGUCUAGGCAUUGCCGAGCAUUCGCACCGCUCGAAUAUAGCUACAACUAUUCUCAAUGAAGCGAAAGCUGAUCUAGCCUCCUAUCUUGAUAUUCCUGAUGACUAUGAGAUUCUUUUUAUGCAGGGCGGCGGCUCGGGUGAGUUCUCCGCUUUGGCUUAUAACUUUGUCGGCGCUUGGGUUGCGCGCAAACAAAGGGAAAUUGGAUUUGAUGGGCUCAAUUCGGCCGUGAAGACGGAUCUGAAGCUGGACUACAUCAUCACUGGCAGUUGGUCACAGAAGGCAGCGGCUGAAGCUGAGCGACUAUUUGGGGAGGAGCAUGUCAAUAUUGUGGCCGAUGGCCGCAAGAUGAAUGACGGCAAAUUUGGAAGCAUUCCGGAGGAGAGUACAUGGAAGCUCUCCAAGGGUGCUGCCAUGGUCUAUUACUGUGACAAUGAGACGGUUGAUGGCGUCGAGUUCCCCGGCUUUCCCAAGUCUCUCGAACCGGGGCUUGAAGGUGAUGAUGGUCCAAUUGUCGUUGCUGACAUGAGCUCCAACAUUCUUUCACGGAAGAUCCCCAUAAAGAACUUCUCGGCUAUUUUCUUUGGCGCCCAGAAGAAUCUAGGAGUAACGGGUAUCACUGUUGUGGUUAUUAAGAAGAGCUUCCUACCACCUGCGACAUCUCAACCUUCUGCGACUCUAAUGAGACAACUGGGUCUACCUAUUCCACCUCGUGUCUUCGAAUAUGAGACUGUUGCUAAGAAUAAUAGCCUCUAUAACACGCUAAGCAUUUUUGAUGUGUAUGUCGCGGGUCGGGUUCUGAAAGGACUGCUGCUACAGCAUCCUGAUAAAGUUGAAGGACAGCAAGCCAUAUCCCAACAGAAAGCUCAACUUAUCUACAAAGCUCUUGAAGCGCAUCCCGAUGUUUACAAGAUUGUUCCUGAUAAAACAGUGCGGUCACGUAUGAAUAUCUGCUUCAGGAUUGAGGGCGGCGAUUCGGUUGAGAAAACCUUUGUGGAGGAGGGUGCUGCCCUGGGACUAACUGGGCUGAAAGGCCACCGAAGCGUGGGAGGAAUCAGGGCAAGCAAUUACAACGCAGUUCCUCUUGAGGGUGCAGAGAAGCUUGCCGAGUUCAUCGGCGCUUUUGCGUCGCAUCGGGAAACACCUAGAAAAGAAUGA